AUGGGCGUUUUAACCAGGAUGAGAAAGUUCUCAACCGCCAUCACCAUCACUGAUCCCUUGGUUAAAUACCAGUCUCUGGUGGCCGCAGGCAUAUACGCUCCUGAUCCCGCACAGCACCGCCUCGCGCGCCAUUUACACAAGAUAUACAUCCGUAUAAAGGAUUAUUCUCCCCAGACUGAGUACCGCCAGCGGCUGGAUCAACUCACCCGCCUCACCGAGCCCAAAACGCUGCCACAGGAAGAGACUGGAGAAGGCAUCCUCGCACUGCGGAACCACGCAAUAUGGAGAAAUCCCCUUUUCAAACAUCUGCUUCACACUCGUGAAGGGCGUGAGAGUCUAGCACUCACGCGAGUUUUCACCAAUCACCAAACGGCGAUAGAAAUCGAUUCUCCCAAAGGGCUGUUUCUUUCGGGAGAAGUUGGCACGGGUAAAUCUAUGCUUCUCGAUCUACUGGCGGAAGGGCUGCCCACGCAGAAGAAGAAGCGAUGGCACUUCAAUACGUUUAUGCUCUACACCGUAUCUCAGCUUGAGAAGCACCGGAAAUCGAAUCUCCAGCCAUCCAAUGCAGCCGCAGAACACUCUCUUCUAUGGAUGGCUAAGAAGCUCAUCGACGAAUCACCAAUUCUCUUCUUAGACGAGUUUCAGCUUCCUGACCGAGCUGCGAGUAAGAUUCUCAGCAACUUAUUCGUUACCUUUUUCCAGCUAGGUGGAGUCCUCGUUGCGUCUUCAAACCGGAUGCCCGAAGAGCUACAGAAAGCUACGGGUAUUGAUUACGCGCCGACGUCAAGAGGUAUUAUGGGCAAGAUAUUUGGUGGCGUGACGCGCAGUAGGGGAGAGCUUUUCGGCCAGUCUAGUGACUUCGCCGCAUUUCUGGAAGUUCUGAAAGCGAGAUGCGACUUUUGGCAGAUGGAGGGCGCUCAGGAUUGGAGGCGAAGAGACGAGGACUGCAGCCCGGAUGCCUCUACAAGCCAGGCAGGAGAUGCACAUGGUGCGUUACAGAUUAGCACUCCAAUUGAGACGAAAGACGACGAAUUACAAUCUCGAAAGAGACCUCAGCACUAUUAUCUCUCUGAUGAGGACGACCAAGCUUUCGAACGCAGAACUCGGGAGAUUGUUCUAGGAUCAAGUAGCAGCCCAAUCCCAUGGGAACCAUCCAUAAUCAUCGUCUACGGCCGCCCAGUUACUACACCAUACCAUUACAAAGGCGUUGUCUUAUGGACUUUUGACAAGCUCGUUGAAUCAUUUGGACCCGCGGACUACCUUACAAUGGCAUCCACAUACCACACCUUCAUCAUUGACCGAGUCCCCGUAUUGACGUUGCUCGCCAAAAACGAAGCACGGCGUUUCAUCACCCUCCUGGACGCCAUGUAUGAAGCUCGCUGCAAACUCGUCAUCCGCGCACAAAGCCUCCCUGACGAUCUCUUCUUUCCCGAGUCACCAGCGCUCCCAGGCCCUUCAUCAAAGACCUCUGAUAACAGAAAUAGCGAUAAACUUCCAAACGCCAAUACCGCUGACAACAACGACGCAACUUACUCGGAAACCAUUGCCGAAGUCUACCAAGACUCAAUAUCCCCCUUUCGCCCCAACGUAUCCUACUACGACACCAAAUCCGCCACGUCAAAAUACGACCCAGAUCAAGACUCUGAUUUCGGACUGCAGAAGCGCCCUGUGGACUUUGCAAACGCUGGUGCCUUUACCGGAGAAGACGAGCGAUUUGCUUACAAGAGAGCCGCGUCACGGCUGUGGGAGCUGUGCAGCGCGAGAUGGCAUGCCAGGACGGGAGACUGGUGGCAGCCGCUGGCGAUGGAAGCGCGCCACUGGGAAGGGGGCGAGGCGUCAAAGCCGUACUAG